AGCAAUAAUACAAUUUAGAAUAGUAGUAAACUCUCUCUCUUUCCUCUCCUUUUCUGUUCGGCAGUAACUCCUGCGCCAACCCAACGUUGGUAGCCUAGGGUUUACUAGCUUCUUUCUAAACAGCUCUUAUCAAUUGGUGCUCUCGUUGCCGUUCUCAUGACGACGCCCACGCCGGAUUCUACAGCGACACCACCUCUGACCAUGGACGAUCUUAUGAAGGCCAUCAACAACUUGAGCACUGAGUUGCAGGCCACGAAGUUGCAGGUCUCGACCUUGACGGCCUCUAGUUCACACGCGGAGCCUCGUUGGAAUAAACCGCCACCGACGGGCUGGCGUCCUCCUCCUGUGCGUGCUCCUGGCCUCGGCCCUCACAACGACGCCGUUCCUAGGAUACGGGUUGAGGCUCCACGUUUCAAUGGUGACGACCCGGCGGGAUGGAUUUUCCGGAUUCACAAUUACUUCGAUUAUUUUCAAACACCGGAGUGUGAACGUUUGCAGCUGGUUACGAUGUUGAUCGACUACCCGGCAUCGGAUUGGUUUCGUUAUUACCAAACCAAUACUGGCGGCACGAGUUGGGAGGCGUUUCUCAUUGCCGUACGGCAACGCUUCGACCCCGAGUAUUAUGAAAACUAUAUUGGCUCCUUGUCUAAACUACAGCAAUCUACGACAGUGCUUGAUUAUCAGACUGCUUUUGAAUCCAUACUUAACAAAAUAUCCGGCGUCCCUGAACAAACCCUCAUCGCUAUGUACGUUUCUAGCCUACGCCAACCCGUACAGCGUGAGGUUAAUUUGCGCAACCCUCGCACUCUCCAGGAAGCUUUUGGUUUGGCUCGGGAAUUGUCCGCCUGCCAUAACGAGUCUAGUUCGUUUCGGCGUCCCUGGUCUGGCCGGCAGCCCGUUCAUUCCACCUCCAGCACGCCAACUGCUAGCCCUGCCAGCGUUACUGUCCCGGGGGUUUCCUCUACUGGCAAAUCGUCGACCCCUUCGGCUGCCCAGCAGUUGCCGAUCGUGAAGGUGACUUCGGCCCAGAAAAAUGAACGAAGCAAGAAAGGGUUGUGUUGGUAUUGCGACGACAAGUGGGUCCCUGGUCACCACUGCAAGGGUUGUUUCUUGGCCGAUAUGGGACCCGACGAUGAUGACGAUUCCGGCUCCCCUCUUGAGGACGAAUCUCAGCCCGUCGAUGAUGAGGUGAUCGUGGGUGACGUCUCUACUCUCAAUUCCUUAGCCGGAAGCCUGAGCCCUCGUUCUCUCAAGUUAGUAGGAACGGUACACGAGCAAGCGGUGCACGUCUUGUUAGAUGGGGGGAGCACUCAUAACUUCGUUCACCCAACCGUAGCCGAACGACUAUCUCUGGUACUCCAUCCGGUUCCACCGUUUCGGGUAUAUGUCGGGAACGGGGAUUCAUUGCGUUGUGCGUAUUCCUGCCCAUGUACCCCACUGCUCCUACAGGGUGUUCUUUUUGAGGUAGAUCUUUAUUUGUUGGAAAUUCAUGGGCCGGAUAUGGUCUUAGGAGUGCAAUGGCUGCAAACUUUGGGCAAGGUUUCCCACGACUACGCCAAUAUGACGAUGGAAUUUGCUUGGAAUGGCGCGACAGUGACGCUCCGGGGUGACGUGACAGUCCCACGGCCCAUCUCCUUUAGCCAUUUGUGUUCGUUGGCAGCCCAUACAUCUUUGGAAUUCUUUGAGUUGCUACCUACAGAUCACCCCCCACCACCUGCAGCGGGGGACGAGGUCAUUCAAACCCCGGAUCAACAAUUCUACAUCCAAAAGUUGAUGGGGUUCAAAUUCCGCAUUGAAUACAAACCCGGUGCUUCUAACAAAGUGGCAGAUGCUCUCUCACGCCGCGACGUUAUGGACGACCAGACUUUGGAUGAACUGGCUGCUGUAUUCUUGGCCUUUGCACAGCCGAUCCCCACACUUUUGCAGGACAUUCGCCGAGAUAAUGCAUUACUGGAGGACUGUGCUAAUAAGUUUGGUCUUAAGUGCUUUAUCAAGGCCAUCUCAAGGUCUCUUGAACAAAGAAAUCCCCCUCCUACCACAUUUAUUCAAUCUGGUUUACCUCCAAACCCCGCUAAAGAUUGCGAGGGUAGUACUGAAGCCACAGUUUCUAGUAAACCCGAGUGGCAAGACCCCUUACUGGAAAUCCCUGUAUCUAGUCCGGUGGUGCAGGAGGAGUCCAUCACCAGUCUCCUUUUCCAAUGGGACAUCAAGGAAUUAUGUAGCAAAGAAUACUCCUUGGAUUUAUGUUGCAAGGGAGAUUUUGAAGAGGAAUUCAAGCUUUUAGAGCCAGUGUUUACAGAACACUUUGAAUCUUAUAUCAAGGAGACUUCCUGCUACAUUAGGGAAGCACUGACAAUUGGGUUGGUUCGAGACAAGCUGCAAAAAGGGAUUAUGAAAAAUGGAGAGGGGGACGAAAUUGUCAUAAAGGUGGCUGAAGAAAGGGAUAUAAUGCUAUUGGGUUCAUUAUGUAUCUACAGUGCUGUUUCCUAGAGGUUCACUGGACAGGACGUAUGCAGGGACCGGGAUAUCUUUGCUCCCUUGGAUAAUUUCCAGCCAUGCUCCCUUGUUUUAUUGUGUGAUUUUGCAGAUGUAUUAUUGUACUUCUUUCCUUUAGAUUGGCCGGUUUGGGGCGUUGGCCAGCCACCCUUUGUACUCCUUUUCUUUUUUUUCUAUUAAUAAAAUUCUCUUCUUUAA